AAAAGAAGAGGGAAAGAAAAAACCCAAGAAUGGACAAAGGCAAAGGAGGAAACGGUGAAACCAGUGAUCCCGUUGAUCACUCCAACCGCAACAAUGUUACACCCGCCAUAGCCGAUGGUGCUUUCUUGGCCGAAGAAGACGAAGAUUACAAUGAACUUUACGGUGGUAUAUAUAUUGGUGAUAUAUAUAUUGGCCCAGGUUCCCUUCAACCUUUGCCAAUAAAUAAGGAUUCAGGAGUUAAAAACAACGAAGUUGAACGUAAGAAGCCGCCGCCACCACCACAACAACCGCAGCCACUUCUGUCUGUUCAAAAUGCAGGUAGGGUUUCUUUACCAGGUACAAGUGGAAUUGGGCAAAAGCAACCAUUUGUUGUAGGAGAAAGUACUUGGUUUUUUUUGGGUGGAUUGCACUGGUGGACUAAGGAUGCUGAUGUCGAAUACGAGCUUUGUAAGUAUGGAGAAGUUAGGGAAGUAAGGUAUUUUUGUGAUAAAGCUAGUGGAAAAUUCAGAGGGUAUUGUCAGGUUGAGUUUUAUGAUCCUUUAGCUGCAGCUAGUUGUCAGAAAGGGUUGAUUGGACAUGAGUUUAACGGUAGGCCAUGUAUUGUUUCUUCUACGUUGACGCGUACUAUUAGUACGAAUCAACAUGAUAGGGAUAAACAGGGAAAGAAGAAGCCCGAUGAGGUUGAGGCUACUAAGCGUGGUGAUGGUAAUGGUGGGAGAGGCGGUAUCAAAGAAGGUGGAGAUGUGGAUAAUCAGGGAAAGAAGAAGCCCGAUGAGGUUGAGGCUACUAAGCGUGGUGAUGGUAAUGGUGGGAGAGGCGGUAGCAAAGAAGGAGGAUAUGUGGAUAAUCAGGGAAAGAAGAAGCCUGAUGAGGUUGAGGCUACUAAGCGUGGUGAUGGUAAUGGUGGGAGAGGUGGUAUCAAAGAACGUGGAGAUGGUAAUGGUGGGAGAGGUGGUAUCAAAGAACGUGGAGAUGGGGAUAAUAGAGGUUACGGAAGAGGUAAUUGGGGGAGAGGGAACAAUCUUGGGAUGGGGAAUAGAGGACAUGGUAAUCCGGUGAGGAAUCUGGGCGGUGGAAUGGGUGGUAGAUCGACCAGGAUGGGUGGUCCCACGAGUAGAAUGGGUGGUCAGGCAGGCUUUCCCGGUGGCCCGAAACCUCCGUUCCCCAGGAUUUUGCCUUCAUACCCUAGAGUUGGUUUGCGCGGUGGUCCUAAUAUGGGAAUGCGGCCGGGUCCAGAUAUGGGCAGAUGGGGUGGUAGAGGCAAGGUUGCAGAGACAAGUUAUGGGGAGGAAGCUGCACGUGAGCAUCAGUACAAUGAGGUGGGUCGUAACAGAGGUGGUUCGCUUAAUGCUGUGCGAGAAAAAGAUAGAGGAUCGGAGAGAGAUUUUCCGCGUACUUGUGAAAGACCAUUAGAGGAUGAUAGAGUUCAUGCAUUUGACAGAUAUGUGCCUAGUGAAAAUGAUUUGGAGCAUGACCAUGAAGAAAGAAGGAAUCUUGAUGAUAGAGAAGUUAGUCGUUCACGGUCUCCUCGGGACAGUUAUCAUGCGCGAUCUAUAGACCAUGGACGUGAUCGCGAAAGAGGUUGGAAUCGUGACAGGCACAGUGAAGAUAGGGACAGAUAUGCUGAUCAUCAUGGAUUCACAGACCACGCGCGACAGCACAAUGAUGAGCAGGAGAGGGGACGGCCAUCGAGGACUAGCAUCAAAUCACGAUUAUCAUAUCCGUCUAGAAAAUAUACACAUAAUGGAAAAAGGAGAUAGUUUAGCUUUUGAAUAACAUUGUAUCCUGCAUAUUAUAUCAGUCUUUUCGUUGAUGAAGGAAAGAACAGUAACUGAAAAUUCCGAAUUUGUCAUCGUUGUUUGAAUUCUCUGAUUGUGCUCCUCUAGUUCAGAAGUUGUUAAGCAGCUGUUUUAUUUAAUUUACUUGUUAUGGCUGCUUCUUGUUUGAAGCAUGAUUUUCAGUAUUGGAAGUUCAAGAAUGACAUGACGAUCCUUUUCUUAUUCGCUUUCGAUUUGCAUUUAUGUUUAGUUAAUGUACACGAUUAAACCAACAAUGUUGGUGU